AUGGAGGGCAUCGCCGCUACAAUCAUGUCUUGCUUUGGCGAACAGGUUCAUGCACCGAACAGCAGCCAGCUGUUUGGCACACAUCAUACGGUCCGGCUGGAGUUCCCGAAUGUGCUGGCGCAGCAGAACGCACACGCGGACUACGUGCACCUGCUCGAGUCCAUCUCGGCCGUGAUCGGGGUAGCGCAGCGGCAGCCGAAGGCCGACCUCUUGGAAGAGCCGACGUCCUUCGGCGGCAUCAGUCAUUCGGUGUCCGGCCACGUGCAGGGCUCGGAGCUUACGCCGGCAGCGGAGGCAGCGUUCUCAGAGAUCUUCAGGCGUCACAGCAUCAACGGCGGCAUGGACAUCCGGAACAUGACCCACUACAUGGAGCAGUGCGGCAUGGCCGGGAAGCCUUACCGGGAGACAGAGCUCACCCUGAAGAACAUCCUCAGCAAGCACGACACGUUGGACGGAAACAGGCUAAGCCGGGAUGGCUUCCUCUCCUACUACAGGGAAGUUGCGGCCACAGACCCACGCCAGGCGUGGAACGACCUGUACCACAUGGGCUACCGCUCCGACCUGACGGCCGGCAUGGGCUACGGCGAUGAGGUGUACAACUUGGCACCGGCCGCCGCUGCUGCCGCCGCUGCCGCUGCUAGUGCGAAUGACGCGCAGCGGCGGCCGCUCCUACCAGAGCUAACGACGAAGGCGCUCACCUGGUAUGGGUAG